UAAUUUUCUUUAUCUAAAUUGUCUAUAAUGCUUUCCUUGAAAAUUGAAGAAUUCUCAGCAACCAGUAGGGAAGAACAUUUUCCUUUAAUUAUUAGUGUGUUCUAACAUUUAAAAUAUUUUCUUUUCCUUUUAAAACUUCUAUCUUGUGCCACACACAUCAAUGCAAAGAAACUCCAUUGAAAUGGAGUAUCAUUUCCAGUGCUGAAAGAGGCAACCAUCCGUGCUAAGCAGAAACAGGCUCCCCUGACAGUUAAUAGUGAUACUGACAGGUUAUAAACAGUGUCCUAUCAUUAUUACUUAAAAAACACUGUGGGUACAUGUAGCCUAGCUGGAUAGGUCAGUGCGAAAUUCCUGAUUUUCCCAGAUACGUGUGGAUAGUUUCCAGUAGCAAAGGGAGGGUAAUUGAUACCAGCUGCCCUUUUGACAGAUAGUGCAUGGGAAUGGUAAAUGAGGCAAAAUUACUGUCCUGUUUGAUCUAAAAGGAAAGAGCAGGUUUGAGAUGUCAUUACUACUAGCGUCCCAGAUGGCUCUAGGAAAGCAAUGUUCUUUCUAGGCUUUGAUCAUGUCUUCAGGAGUACGCUGAAGGACGCUGCAGAAGAAGGCCAGGAUGAGGGAGCGAGACCGUAACUCAACUCACCACUUUGGGGAUAUUAUCAGGAUAGAAUUUCUCCCUUGAGCCAGCUGGCGCCUAACCUCAGUCAUGACACAGGCACGUAAUUUUAUCUCAGGUUAACAGCAGAAGCUGCUUUUCUUCUCUGAUGCUCAAAUCCUGAGCUGGAUGCUACCAGUCUUCCAGGCACAUAUACGUGCAGUAGUACAUCUCAAAACAUUAAUUAAGAGCUUCAUAGAAUCAUCUGGAGAAAAAUUGCAACAACAGAUAACUAAUCAGGAUGCUGUAAUUGCAAACUGUCUAGAUGAGAUCCCACCAGUGCAUUGUAAAACUACCACAAAGCAUAACUGGGAUUUCACGCUCCCACCUCCAGGGACACAGAAGAAAGUGGUGCAAAGCGGGCACGUUCCUCCUGGCCGCAGUAGGCAGGAGAUGGCCAUCUCGGGCAGCAGACACUGGCAGGGGAAGGCCGACCCUUUUGGUGCAGUAGCUGUCUCCUUGGUGAGCAGACUGUCCGACCAGCAGAAGAUCAGCGAGCCACCUCUCAGCCAGUUCAGAGAAGUGUAUUUACCCCUCGCACUGCGCCCUCUGAACAAGACUUUGGUCAAGGGCGAUGAGUGGAAGGAUGUGGGUAGCACCCAGGAAAAGCGCAGGUCCUUCCUGUAUGAAUUCUGCCAGAAAUACAACAGCAGGAAGAAGCUGCGGACACACCUCGUGCACAUGGUGUCACGAAUUUACGUGGAGGACAGGCACAAGGUCCUGUACUGUGAAGUGCCAAAAGCGGGCUGCUCCAAUUGGAAAAGGGUCCUCAUGGUGCUCAAUGGACUCGCCACUUCCACGCACAACAUUUCCCAUGAUGAUGUGCACUACGGAAAGCAUUUAAGGAAACUGGACAGUUAUGACUUAAAAGGGAUAUACACACGUUUGAACACGUACACCAAGACUAUAUUUGUACGUGAUCCUUUGGAAAGACUCGUAUCUGCCUUCAGGGAUAAGUUUGAACAUCCAAACAGCUAUUACCAUCCCGUAUUUGGGAAGGCAAUAAUUAAGAAGUAUAGACAUAACGCAGAUGAAGAGGCAUUGAAAACUGGAUCAGGAGUUAAGUUCAAGGAGUUUAUCCAGUACCUGUUAGAUUCCCAUCGUCCAGUAGGAAUGGACAUUCACUGGGAGCAGGUCAGUAAGCUCUGCUAUCCCUGCCUCAUCAACUAUGAUUUCAUAGGAAAGUUUGAAACCCUGGAAGAAGAUGCCAAUUACUUUUUGCAGCUGGUAGGUGCUCCAGCUGAGCUAAAAUUUCCAAAAUUCAAAGAUAGACAUUCCUCUGAUGAAAGAACAAGUGCAGAGGUAGUGAGGCAGUACUUAAAGGAGUUGUCUAAGGAGGAAAGACAGCUGACCUACGACUUCUAUUACUUGGAUUACUUAAUGUUCAAUUAUACAUCACCGAUUGUAUAGCACCAGAAUAGCUUCAGGCUUCUAUUAGAUAUUUAUCAUUUUGGGAUUCAGAACAACUACUUUGAUAUUACCUCUAAAAGGAAACAAAGUAACUGCUAAGUGGAGUUGUCUUGACUUACUGGAGGUUUUAUAAACUAGAGUGACAUCAAUUGACAUAAAGUUAUAGGAAAAUGCACAAAAAAGACCUGUAAACAGCAUAAAUUGCACUAAAAUGCCUGAAAAAGCUGCUUUUACCAUUACAGAUUAUAUUGUGGAAGCGGUAAUGCAGCCAGCUGUUGCAUUAGCCUACCUAAUGUUCUUUUAAUGGUUUAAGAAAAAAGCAUUCAGAAUAGCAUGAUAUUUUUGGUGUGUCUGCUUUAGAAAUUGUUUUUGAAACUAUUUUUUGAAUGUAUUUUUUACUUUCUGUUGCUUAUUAAUAAAGAAGCAUUGGCUAAUUUUCUAAAAUG